AUGUACCAAGCGCAGACCACGCCUUACAGCGCCGUGCAGGUUACCACCCUUGGUGGGUCGGCUUUGCCCUCUGCUGGCGAGUUGCCGGCCGCGCAGGCAAGCACCUACACUCCAGGAACAUACGGCGGUGUCACCUACACCGCAGGCACUGCGUACACGCCUGGAACCACCAGUGCAGGCACGGCCACAGCCUAUACUCCUCCCUCGUAUUCCAGCUACUCGACACCCACGAUCGCGGGCGGGGCAGCCUACACAAGCACCAGCUCCCCAUAUGGAGCAUACACUGGAGCAUACACACCCUCGACCUAUGCGAGUGCUCUUCCCGCAUAUGGCAACACUUACGGCGGGUACUAUGGAAGCGCACCCGUGACCGGGUCCAGCUAUGCCGCAGCGCCCACAACAGAAACGGCUUCUGCGACCUACGGCACGCCUGCCAUGGCUGCAGCGACUGCCUACGGCAACGGGUCGUUCACAGCUGCACCGGCGGCGCAG